AUGUCUACUCUCGAUAAAAAUCUUGACUAUUCUAACCCAUUCACAUAAUCUAACAAGAGAAUGAGCCCUCCAACAAAACAAAGUCAAAAGUUAAAUCAUGAAAUGACUCAAUACCAAGAAGCAUAGCAUAAAAAUUAAUAUCAAAUUAGAAUGGGAGAAAUCUUAAUCAAACUUCCAGAGAAGGAUCCUUGUUAAGAGAUAAUUUUAAUAAUCGUAUUAGUUCAUAGAAAGACUAAAAUUAUGAAUAAGCAGAACCCGAUGAAUCCGAAAACGUUUGCUAAUCAUUUGAUCAGAAAUUCAAUGAACCAUCAUCAGGGUGAUGGCUCUUAUGAAAAAAUGAUUGAAAAUAAAGUAUUUCAGUUUUUGAAUGGAUUUUUUGCUAAUCAAUAAAAUUAGCCAUAAAGAUAACCCUAGUCUCACCUGUAGCAAUAACAAUAGAUGCAGAGCUCAUAGCAUCCACUUAGAAUGCCUAAUCCUUUGCAAAGUCAUAUAUCUCAUGGAAACUUGUACAAUAACAGGUCAGUAUCACCAAUUAUGAAUAGAACUUAGAACAAUGAGGAUCUAAAUGAGAUUAAAUCUACAACAUAUUAAUUAUCUAAAGAUAUGAAGAUGAUGAGAAAACUAGUAGAGGAAUUAUCGAUGUCUUUAAAUGAAAAAGAUGCAGAAAUAAUAAAGCUAAACAUGCAUUUAGGAGACGAAAAGAAAAAAUUUUAAAAUCUCAUAAGGAAAUAAUCAUAGAAGUCUCUGAUGCAUAAUGGCAGUACAUCUUCAUUGCUCUCAGCUUAAAAGGAUGAUUCAAGCCAUCAAGAGAUCCUUUAAUAACUACGAGAAGAAAAUUAGUAAUUAUCAGAGAUUUCAUAAAUGAAAAAGUUCAAUCAAGAUUUGAAGAAUAAACACAAGGAUGAAAUUAAGAAACUGGAGGAGGCAAGACAUCAGGAUAAGCAAAGAUAAGAAGCUCAUAUUAUAAAGUUAGAAAACUUUAAUAAAGAUCUUUAGAAGGAGAUAAAAAGACAUCAAGAUGAAGUUGAAAAGGCUCUUAAAAUACACAGAGCAAAUGAAUCGCUUAUGAGUAAGAAUGAUGAAUUGAAAUAGUAUAUAAAGAAACUCAACUCUGACAUAGAUUAACUUCAUCAAGAUAGAGAUAGAGAAUCUAAUAAAUAUCAUCAGCUAUUGAAGCAUGCUUAAAUGCUUGGUAAAAAUAACACUAGCAUAGUAAGAGAUGACGGGCCAUGCAAGAGUUGCCUAAAUACACUAUAAGAGAAAGAGUAAAUGGUAGUAGAAAUGGAAAAUUUCAAAAGAGAACUAAAUAAAUAGAAGCAGGAUAACAAAGAUUUGAGAGAGAGUUCGCUUUCAUUGAAAAAUGAUAAUAGUGGAAAUUUGUCAGAAGGGGGAGGAAAUCAGUAGUCAAGAUAGAAUUAAAUUCUCAUUUAAUAGAUUGAAUAGCAAUACAAAUAAUAGAUCGAAUAGAAAUAGCAAGAAUUAGAUCUCAAGGAUGACAUGAUAAGAGAUUUGCAAAAGACAAUUGAUGAGUUAAAAGCGAAGGAUCUAAAGAAUGAGGAAGAAAUGAAGAGACUUUAGACUUAACUAACAAAAAACAAUUUUUUGGUUGAAAAGAAUGCAGUUUAACUAAUAGAUGCUUAAUAGAAAGAAGCACAACUUACGUCUGAAAUAAAGAAAUAUCAAGUCACGUUAGAUUAAUUAGCAGAAGAACUUGAAAUUGCAAAAAAUCCUAAAAAAAAGAAGAAGUGA